AUCAGACUUAGGGACAGAGUCCUAGGACAGUGUGGCCUCCAUUCACUCCUCUCCACAGAUUCGGGAUCUCUUGGUUGGUGUCUGAAGGCCUGAGAGCAAAUCUAGAGGGCAGAAUUUGGAAGAAAACACUCUUUGUUCUGUCUCUCAGGUACCUGAGCAAAAGUGUCAGGAGUACAGACAGACAGACUCAGCAUCACAGCAACAAUGGCCUCAUCAGUCCUGGGGAUGAUCAAGGAGGAGGUGACCUGUCCUAUCUGUUUGGACCUCAUGGUGGAACCUGUGAGUGCAGAUUGUGGGCACAGCUUCUGCCUAGUCUGCAUCACACUGAACUAUGAGUCCAGCAAAAUCAAAGAAGGGGAGGGCAUCUGCCCUGUGUGCCGAGUUAGGUACCUGUUUGGGAAUCUGAGGCCUAAUUGGCAUGUGGCCAAGAUAGUGGAGAGGCUAACAGGGUUCAAGUCCAGCUCAGGGAAGGAGCAGAAGGUGAAUGUCUGUGCACAACAUGGAGAGAAACUCCAGCUCUUCUGUGAGAAGGACAUGGUGGCCAUCUGCUGGCUUUGUGAGAGAUCUCGGGAUCACCGUGGUCACCAAACAGCUCUCAUUGAAGAGGUGGUCAAUAAGUACAAGGGGAAGCUCCAGGCUGCCCUGAAGAUGCAAAUGGCUAAUGAGAAAAGAUGUGACCAAUGGAAAGAUGACCUUCAAAAGGAGAGAACUUCCUGGGAGAAUCAAAUACAGAUGGAUUUAGAAAAUGUCCAGAAGGAGUUUAAAGAAAUGCGAGAAUUCCUGGACUCCAAAGAGAAGAAUGAGGUGGAGAAAUUGGUGCAAGAGGAGGAAGACAUUGUCAAAAGAUUGGAAAAGUCUGAAAAUGAGGUGGAGAAGCAGAGGGAGUCAGUGAGAGACCUCAUCACAGCUGUCAAGCAUCUGUUGCAGUGCUCAACCAUGGAGAUGCUGCAGGGUGUGAAUUGUGUCCUAACGAGGAGUCAGACCUUAAGUCUAAAACAGCCUAAAAUGGUUCCAAGAAAACAAAGAAGGAUCGUCCCAGCUCCAGAUCUGAAAGACAUGCUGCAAAUGUUUCAAGAGCUCCGGAAAGCCCAGCGCCACUGGGUUCAUGUGACCCUGCCUCAACUCAACAAUAAAAACAUUGUCAUUAAUGUGGACAAAAGACAAAUACAACAUAGAAGUGGUUAUAGAAGAAAUUUGCAAGUUUUUGAGUCCUAUAAUUUAGGUGUCCUAGGAUAUCCAGCUAUCUACUCAGGGAAACAUUACUGGGAAGUAGACGUGUCUAGAUGUGAUGCCUGGCUCCUGGGAAUAAAUGAUGGAAGAUGUGCUCAACCCCACCUUCAUGCAGUGAAUGAAAAUGACUUUGGAGUCAUGAAAAAUUCUGUGGUUAAACAGGAUGUAAAAUAUCAGCCCAAAUAUGGCUACUGGGUUAUAGGGAUGACGAACAGGUCUGUAUGUAAAGCCUUUGAAGAGUGUUCUGUCACCCACAAUGCCAGUGUCUUGCUCCUCUCUCUGACUCAUCCUCCCACUCGUUUUGGAGUUUUCCUGGACCGAGAAGCUUGCACUCUCUCAUUUUAUGAUGUUUCCAACCAUGGAGCUCUCAUCUAUAGAUUCUGUGACUGUUCUUUCCCUGAUGCCAUUUAUCCAUAUUUUAAUCCUAUGACAUGUUCAGAGCCAAUGACAGUCUGUGGGCCACCUUCCUAACCCCUCGCCCAUAUCUGCACAGUGCCCCAUGUCUGAUGUAGCUCAAAUGCCUGAAGUCCAUGAUAUCAUUACAGUUUUUUUUUUCUAUCUUUGGUUGUAGGGGUUACCUUGACCUAGCUGCCCUGAGAAGCAUGUGUUAUAGGUUUUUCAGUUUAGAGUCCAUGGCUCCUGCCUUUCAGUUCCUGAGAUACUGAUGCACUCCCCUAAACAGUGAAGCAUUCAAUCUACUUCAUGUUUGUCUGUAUGUUUCCUUAGUUGAUGUAGGUGUGUCUUCUAUCUAUCUGAUGAUUUCAUUGGAUAAUUAAUAAAGAAACUGCCUGGCCCAUCUGAUAGACCAGCCCUUAGGUGGGUGGA